AUGCUUGCAAGCAAAUUUGUGCGUGACAGCAUUGAUGAUUACGUCAAACUGGACAAAGUUGGAGAAGGAACUUACGGAGUGGUGUAUAAAGCAGAGCAUAAAGAGACCCAUCAAUUGGUUGCUAUCAAAAAAAUUCGUCUUGAGUUUGAGGAUGAGGGUAUACCUGCCACAGCACUUCGGGAAAUUUCUAUGCUUCGUGAGUUGGAUCAUCCAAAUAUCGUGAAAUUGCUUGGAGUUUGCAUCCAGGUU